CAAAACAUCUGUACCCAUUUCACAUUCCGCCUUUUUCUCUUCUGAAUACUCUCCUCCGCCGCCGCCAUGCUUCGUCUAGCAGCCAAUCUCGCCACAAAAUCAAGGAUCGCUAGAAACAAUGCUCAGAAGGUUAGCUCGAAUUUAAGCUGGAGCCGAAACUACGCCGCCAAAGAAAUUAGAUUUGGAGCUUUGAUGCUUAGAGGUGUUGAAGAGCUUGCCGAUGCCGUCAAAGUCACAAUGGGUCCUAAGGGACGUAAUGUUGUCAUUGAACAAAGUUAUGGGGCUCCCAAGGUGACAAAGGACGGUGUCACUGUGGCAAAGAGUAUUGAGUUUAAAGACAGGGUGAAAAAUGUGGGUGCUAGCCUUGUCAAGCAGGUUGCUAAUGCCACCAAUGAUGCAGCUGGUGAUGGUACCACCUGCGCAACAGUUCUUACCCGUGCAAUUUAUUCAGAAGGCUGCAAGUCAGUUGCAGCUGGAAUGAAUGCCAUAGAUCUUAGACGUGGGAUCACAAUGGCUGUUGAUUCAGUUGUCACAAACUUGAAGAGCAGAGCUAGGAUGAUCAGUACAUCUGAAGAAAUAGCACAGGUUGGGACUAUAUCAGCAAAUGGAGAAAGGGAGAUUGGUGAACUUAUUGCCAAGGCUAUGGAGAAAGUUGGCAAAGAAGGUGUCAUCACCAUUUCUGAUGGCAAAACACUUUACAAUGAAUUGGAAGUGGUUGAGGGAAUGAAGUUGGAUAGAGGCUAUAUAUCACCUUACUUCAUCACCAAUACAAAGAAUCAAAAAUGCGAAUUAGAUGACCCUUUGAUUUUAAUACAUGAGAUAAAAAUCUCCAGUUUAAACGGCAUAGUCAAAGUUCUAGAAUUGGCUCUGAAGAAUCAAAGAUCACUGCUGAUUGUUGCUGAAGAUAUUGAGAGUGAGGCAUUAGCCACUCUCAUUCUUAACAAACUCCGUGCUGGUAUCAAGGUCUGUGCCAUUAAAGCCCCUGGUUUUGGAGAGAACUGAAAGUCAAUUUUGAUCAGAAGAUUGGUGUUCAAAUAACUCAAAAUGCUCUCAAGGAGUGGAGGGUGCAGUUGUUGUUGGGAAACUAUUGGAGCAAGAUAACCCCGACCUUGGAUAUGAUGCUGCUGCUAAAGGUUCUCUUUCUUUUUCUUUUUGUUAAGAAGAAAAAUAGCAAGCAUGGGUGAGGGUGACUAUUGAAGGAAGAAGGGGUAAAAUCUCAUAUAAUUAUAAUAUAUAUAAUAUAUGGUGAAGGUGAAGGUGAAUUGGUGAGCAUUUAUCAAACUGUACAAGUAAAUGAAUUGAAUUAGAUCAGAUUGAGAUCACUGAUUUGAGCGAGGG